AUGUGGUGUUUCUGCAGGUCUGUGGCACGAGACAAAGCCACGCUCUCGUCUCUGGGUGUAACUCACAUAGUGAAUGCUGCAGCAGGUCGACACCGCAUUAACACAGGUCAGCAGUUCUACAGUGACCUUGAAGUGGAGUACCAUGGUGUUGAAGCUGCAGACCAUCCCGAGUUUGAACUUCGACCUUUCUUCAGCACCGCUGCUCAGUUCAUAGACAGCGCUCUGAAGAAAAACGGGAAGGUGUUUGUCCACUGUGCCAUGGGCAUCAGUCGAUCUGGAGCACUUGUUUUAGCAUAUUUAAUGAUCUGCCAGGGCCUGUCAUUGGUGGAGGCCAUCCUCGCUGUGCGUCUGACCCGAGACAUUUGCCCCAACUCUGGAUUUCUGGAGCAGCUCAGACAACUGGACCUGAGUCUCAGUCCAAAGAGCAGAGAGAUCACAGAGGAUGACCACAACAAUGUGUCCUGA